AUGAAGUAUUUCCAGUUGUAUGAAGAGUUCUUGAUCAAAAAUGCCUCCCAAAUAACAAGCAUUGAGUCCUCCUUACGAUCCUUAACUUUUAUCUUGCCUGGUCGCUUCCAAGACGCUGAGCUUGCCUCACAAGCACUAUACGCCGCGCUUAACUUGGUCGAUCUAUAUCACAAUUCGAUCAUACGAAAGGCCAUACUUGCUAGACGUGACCAAGUGGAAGAAUCAGCAUUCAACAAGUACAUUCACUUUUGGUCUUCUCGCUCCAACUUGAAUGCAACAGCGUCUAGUUUACUUUCUGUCAUCCUUUAUACCCAAGUUUUGAUAGAAAUGGCCGUAUUAAAGAAAUAUGGCAAGAAGAGGCAGUGGGAGUGCAUUGCAUAUCUAGAAGGCCUCAAGGUAAUGUUGAGACUCUUUAUCUUUCAAACAACAGGUCAACGCAUGACCCUUUCUCCACCUCACUUACAACGCGAUAUUGACCCUCAGGCGCUGGCAAUUCAACCACAAGAGGAUAAUGAAACUUGGGUUGGAAAACGAACAGGCAUCCGUGUGAAACGAAUGAAAGACUGCUUUCAAACAAACUCAAAGAAUACGGAUGUCACUGACUUUUUAUUGUCCAGAAAGUUGACAGCAGAUAUGGUACGAAAACCCGAUCAGAUGGUGACUGUUCAAAAGAAUAUAUCUAAACUAGGAGAACUGAUGUAUAUCCUUCGACCCCUUAUUUAUGUGAUGGCGAUUUUGAAGUGGGGUAAAAGAUCUUGGAGACCUUGGAUCAUGUCAUUAGCGAUUGAACUGUUAUCACAGGCAACAUUAAAGGCAGGAUAUAGAGCGACAAGUGGCCGCACAAGGAUGAUGCCACUAGAGAAGGAUGAGUUUCAUCGACGUCGAAGAUUGUUGUUGCUCAAUGUCAUGCGAGGUAUCUUUUACUUAAAGAUUACUCGACCUCGUCUGGAGAGCUUCUGUAAUCGAACAGAAGACAAGCCUAUCUUGUCCUUGGCUUCAAAUAUUAUUCGUGAGUAUUUACCAUUGUGGCAAGACAUUUACUUUUAUACUUCUGCCUCUUAA